UCUUCUUCUUCUUCUUCUUCUUCUUCAUAUAAUUUAUAAUUACAGUCAUGCAAAUCUAUUUACAAUCGCCACCGCCGCUGCCGUCACUUUGCCGGAGCUCCUCCACCAUUGAAACCCCUCCAAUUAGGAAGCUCAAAGUAAUCACUCCGCCACCUCCACCACUGUCGCUCCCAAAAACGGUGUCGCCUCCGCUGCGUCGGCUCAACCCAUUUCAGAAUUUGGCGGCGUCCCUACUGGACGCCGUCGAGUCGUCACUGAUCGUUGAUAAAUUGCCGAAAACUGUUGACCCGACGGUUCAAAUUUCGGGUAAUUUCUCUCCGGUUCCCGAAUGUCCCGUCCGCCACGACCUUGAAAUCAUCGGGAAUUUACCUGCAUGCUUACGUGGCGUUUAUUUACGAAACGGCGCUAACCCCAUGCAUGCACCCAUAGGUGGGCACCACUUGUUUGACGGUGACGGAAUGAUCCACGCCGUUACAUUUCACUGCGGUAACAAAGCUAGUUACAGCUGCCGAUUCACUCGCACGAGCCGGCUUCAGCAGGAAGCCGCUUUAGGCCGACCGGUUUUCCCGAAGCCGAUCGGCGAGCUUCAUGGUCACCAAGGACUGGCGCGGCUUGCAAUCUUUUUGGCUCGAGCCGGGAUCGGGUUAAUUGAUGGUUCUAAAGGGACAGGUGUCACCAACGCCGGUCUGGUUUAUUUCAAUGGUCGAUUAUUAGCUUUAUCCGAAGAUGAUCUUCCGUAUCACGUUAAAAUCAAGGACGAUGGAGAUCUUGAAACGAUCGGACGGUUCAACUUCAACGGACAGAUUAACUGUCCCAUGAUUGCUCAUCCUAAAGUGGACCCCAUUUCGGGAGAUCUUCACGGUUUGAGUUACAACAUGAUUAAAAAACCAUAUUUGAAAUAUUUACGGUUCGACCGGUUCGGGAAAAAAUCACGUGACGUGGACAUCACCCUCCCUGAACCGACGAUGAUCCACGAUUUCGCGAUAACGGAAAACCACGUUGUGAUACCAGACCAUCAAGUGGUUUUCAAGUUAUCCGAAAUGGUUCGGGGUGGAUCACCGGUCGUGUUCGACCCGAACAAAAUUUCCCGGUUCGGUGUCCUGCCGAAAUCCGAAGUCGACGAGAAGGGAAUUGUUUGGAUGGAGGUGCCGAAUUGUUUUUGCUUCCAUUUGUGGAAUGCGUGGGAGGAAACCGGCGACAACGACGAGAAAACGGUGGUCGUACUAGGGUCGUGUAUGAACCCGCCUGAUUCGAUUUUCAACGACCGUGACCAGCCGUUAAGGAUCGAGCUGACGGAAAUCCGGAUGGAUGUGAAGAACCGGAAAGUGACACGUCGGGUGUUCGGCUCAGGGAUGAAUUUGGAAGCGGGUCAAGUGAACCGGGGGUUGGUUGGGCGGAGAACCCGGUUCGUUUAUAUGGCGAUAGCGGAGCCGUGGCCUAAAUGUUCCGGCAUUGCGAAGGUGGAUUUGGAAACCGGGAAGGUUAAGAAAUUUCUAUACGGCGAUGGUCGAUACGGUGGUGAACCAUUUUACGUGUCGGAAAAUGGUAAUUGCGGGGGAGAUAAUGAGAAUGAGGACGGUGGAUUUGUUGUAGGGUUUGUGAGGGACGAGAAGCGGGAGAGGUCGGAGCUGGUGGUGGUGAAGGCGGCGGAGAUGGAGGAAGUGGCGGCGGUGAGGCUGCCGGCGAGAGUUCCGUACGGAUUUCACGGCACAUUUGUUAGUGAAGAAGAGUUGAAGGGGCAAGCUCCGAACUAGAUUUUUUGUUCCUUUUCAGCCUUGUUUUUGUGUACAUUAAUCACUUUGUAGAUUAUUUUUAUUUAUUUAUUUUCCUUGCGGUGGUUUGUAAUAUUAAGUGUGGUUUUUGAGAUGUAUUUAUUGUAGAUAUAACUUAUAAUAUCUAAUUAAGGAAUAAAAUUAAACGAAGAUAUAUUU